UAGAGGAUGUUCGUGGCUGAAGUUGCCCGUCCGAUUGGUUUGGAAAGGUGGUGCUUUGAAGACAAUCCACUUUUCAUCUCUCCUUAGCCUCAGGACGUAUUGUCAUUAUGUAAUUGACUGAAAGGUGGCAGAUAUUUUCGGACACGCCAAGAAUCCGUUCAAUCUCGCUUCUGCCUUGAGUCGUUUGGGUGCACAUUGAAACUUCGAGGCCUGCUGAGGUUAGCCUAGCCUAGCCUAGUUUAGCCGCUAACAAAGAGAACAGACACCGCGCCUGGGUUCAACACGUCGCCUAGCAAACAAACAUCAAGUCCCAAAAUGUCUGAUAUCAGUCAAGCACAUCGUCCUGAACGCCAAGAGCCGCUACACGUCAAGAAGAUGGAGGAAGAAUCCAUCCACAUUAAAGAGGAGCAGAAGGAGUAUUUCAUUACAGUGGAGAACCCCCACAUUGAGGAGGAGCAGCAACCUCAUCCCCUUAAAACGGAGGAGGAGGAGGACCAUCCAUAUGUUAAAGUGGAGGUGGUGGACAUCCCCAAGUGGACUGGUGAGCCCUUGAAAAGUGAAGAUGGAGGUCCGAGUGAGGCCAGCAGGGGGGCGGAGCCUCCGAGUGGCAUCAGCAGCAGUUCGAAAGAAGGAUUCAGAGCAGACAACCUCGUCGCUCGACCAUCACAAAGUGACGACUUCACAUCACACUCGCUGUUCUAUGUCAGUCAAGCGCAUCGUCCUGAAUGCCAGGAGUCUGCUUGCUUGGAAGAAGAGGAGGAGGAAGAGUUGCUACACGUAAAGAAGAUGGAGAAAGAGUCCGUCCACAUUAAAGUGGAGCAGGGGGAGUAUUUCAUUGGAGUGGUGAACCACCACAUUGAAGAGCAGCAGCAACCUCAUCCCCUCAAAAAGGAGGAGGAUGACCCGCCAUAUGUUAAAGUGGAGGUGGUGGACAUCCCCAGGUGGGCUGGUGAGUCCUUGAAGGGUGAAGAUGGAGGUCCGAGUGAGAGAGCAGACAACCUCAUCGCUCGUCCAUCAGAGAGUGACGACUUCAUAUUACACUCACUGUCCUGUUUCAGAAAAAAUCUUUGUACUAAGCAGCAGGAGUCAAAAUCUCCUGGCAUUAAAGAGGAAGUUGAGCACCCGCAAAUGAAAAAGGAAAAGCCAGAUGACCAAAAGAAAGAAGAGCAAAUUCCAAUCAAAAAGGACGAGGUAGAACUUAUUUUGGAGGUAGAGCCAGAUGUUAAAGAGGAGGACGAUAUCACCAGGCCAGAUGGUGAGCCUUUAAAGAGUGGAGAGGUCCUGAGUGAGACCAGCAGAAGCGCUCCAAGUGGCAGCAGCAGCUCAACAGAAGGAUUGCAAGCGGACAGUUUCACAGCUCCAAUAUCAGAUAGUGAAGAUGCCAUGUCACACUCGCUUGACAGUGAUGAUGAAGGUCUUAAGAAAGCUGACAGUGACAACAAAAGCAAAUGCUCUGGGUGUGGGAAAAUCUUUGCUACUCAGCAAAGUUGUCGUAGGCAUAUGAGGAGCCACACUGGAGAAAAACCUUUUCCCUGCUCAGUGUGUGGUCAAAGAUUCUCUCACAAGGGAAACAUGAAACUACACAUAAGAACCCACACUGGAGAAAAACCUUUUUCCUGCUCAGUGUGUGGUCAAAGAUUCUCUCACAAGGGAAACAUGAAACUACACACAAGAACCCACACUGGAGAAAAACCUUUUUCCUGCUCAGUCUGUGGUCAGAGAUUCUCUGACAAGGGAAACAUGAAACAACACACAAGAAAACACACCGGUGAAAAACCUUUUUCCUGCUCAGUUUGCAACCAAAGAUUCAGUUGGAAGGGUGCCCUAAAAAUACACACAACAACCCACACUGGAGAAAACCCUUUUCCUUGCACAGUUUGUGGCAAAAGAUUCAGUUGCAGGAGCUUCUUAACAACACACAGAAGAACCCACACUGGAGAAAAAACUUUUACCUGCACAGUUUGUGGCAAAGAAUGGAGUUGCAAGAGCCACUUAACAACACACACAAGAACCCACACUGGAGAAAAACCUUUUCCUUGCUCAGUUUGCGGUCAACGAUUCUCUCAGAAGCAUCACUUAAAACAACACACAAGAACCCACACUGGGGAAAAACCUUUUUCCUGCUCAGUGUGUGGUCAAAGAUUCUCUCACAAGGGAAACCUGAAACAACACACAAGAAACCACACUGAUGAAAAACCUUUUCCCUGCUCAAUGUGCGACCAAAGAUUCAGGUGCAUGAGCGCCCUAAAAAUACACACAAGAACCCACACUAGAGAAAAACCUUUUCCCUGCUCAGUUUGCGGUCAACGAUUCUCUCAGAAGCAUCACUUAAAACGACACACAAGAACCCACACUGGGGAAAAACCUUUUUCCUGCUCAGUGUGUGGUCAAAGAUUCAGAUGCAAGAGGGCCCUAAAAAUACACACAAGAACCCACACUGGGGUAAAGCCUUUUUCCUGUUAGGGUUUGGGUUGUGACCAAAGAUUCAGUUGUAAGAGUGCGCUAAAAGUACAUGCAAGAACCCACACUGGAGGAAACCUUUUCCUUGAGCAGUCUGCGGGAGAAGAUAACAGUUGCAAGAGCCACUUAACAGCACACACAAGAGCCCACACUGGAGUAAAAACCUUUUUGCUUUGCAGUUUGUGGCAAAAGAUUCAGUUGCAAGAACCGCCCAAAACCACACUCAAGAACCCACACUGGAGAAUAACCUUUUUCAUGCUCAGUUUGUGGCUAAAGAUUCCCUUCAAAGGGAAACCUAACAAGACACAAGAAUCCACACUGGAAAAUAAGCUUUUCCUGCUCAAUUUUUGGUCAGAUUCUCUCUAAGGGAAACCUUAAUACAACACAUACAAACCCACACUGAUGAAAAACCUUUUUUUUGUGCUCAGUUUGUGGUCAACGAUUCAAUCAGAAGGAUCAGGUUAAGAGGUGUGUGAUAAGUGGUGGCUAACGACGAUUUUACCUGCAUGUCAACCCUGCUGAUUCAUCAGUUGUGCAUGCAGGACGAUUGUAUUCUUUGGACCUUCCUCAAAUCCAGAUGAGGAUUUGUAGUUUUGGUGAUAUAUGACACUAUUGUCAAAAGAACUGGCUCACCUGAUUUAGAAUGAAAAUGAAGUUAAGUCGCGUGAUCCUUGGCCAGGAUGAUCUGGCAAAAAUGUUGAGGCGCCGGCGACACAAAAGACAUUUGCGGAGGCGGUCUGUCACGAAUUCUGGCAUCGGGUGGAAGCCAGCAAGCUGAGUUGCCCAGGGUUUUGUCUGAUUUCUUUGCCGUGUGUUAUAACCAGCCAGUGGGAAGCCAUAGAAGAUUUCUGGCGGCUACGGAACUUCCCAAACGGCGUUGGAAGCCUUGAUGGUAAACACGUUAUCAUAAAAGCACCGAGGCACUCUGAAUCAAUGAUGAUGUGUCAAGUGUGUAAACUGUCUAUUGUUGAAAAUUACACAUCAAAACAACUCUUUUGUCACCAAACCUGUGCCUUAUUCUUCAUAUACUUGAAGUGUAAAAUAUAAGUCGCAGACUCACAGCAAACAUAUGCACCAAAUAAAUUAUUUCGUGCACCAACCAAAAAUACGACAAAGUGACAAAAAGCUGGCAGUUUUUCGCUGGCUGGGUCACCGCUUCAUCGACCAUUCGCUUCCGAACACACACAUACUUGUCUCGGAGGUUCUUCCAUUUUCUAAUGCAUUUGCUGACCUCCAGACCAGAAUUUUUAGCAAUCUCCUUUCACGAAUUCCUUGCCAUUUGGCAAUCUUUAUAAUGUCUUGACAAAUCAUUGUACAGGUGGGCGUAUUUGCGUACCUAGUCGAUGAUCCACUCGUCGGCUUGGUUCAUUUUUGAGUUUAGUGCAAGAAUGUUUGUAAAUGGCGGUGAUUUCGCGCUGAACUAGAAACAACAGUCUGAGCUGACCAAUCACAGUCCAUUUGCGUAACGUCACACGCAUUGCGGUGAUGCGUAGUCAGGAUUUUGUGGAGGUGCGCAUGUAAAUGACCUCGUUCAUAAUUUUACGUGUUUGUAAUUCAUUUCCAUUUAUGAGAGUUCUUGCUUUUAUUUUUAAAGGCCAAAGGAAGGCAAAAUGCCGCAAAAGGUAUCAACUGCUGAGAAGAUAAGGAAGUAGGCAAAACGGCGUGCUGUCACGGUGAAAAUAAGAACCAAUACAGUUUUUUAAGCUCCUAAAAGUUCUUAGCACCUGGUUGGUAAGGGAACAAGGUUCGUAUUGAAGGUUUCAUUUUGUAAAUAGGUUCAUUAUAUUUCGCUAAGUAUAAGAUCUGCUGUCUGUCUGAGUCUUUCCGUUCAUUUUCUGUACACCAGAGGGUCCUGUUGCCUUUCUAAAUAAUGUUUCAUCAAUAAGGGACAACAAGGGAUAUAAGUGCCUAGCCUGGUACACCAGACUCAACGCUGUUCCAGCUAUUGAGUCUGGCCACCAUUCCCACGGAAACAAUUUCCAGGGCGGAGCAAGCCACAGCAAACAGACAGCGGAGUGGACCAAUCAGCGACGGGCAGACGUGACGUUAGUAAAAUGGCGACCGCAGGACGAUGGACUUGCGCGCGGAAGUAAACAUACGAAGAGAGCGGAGUUUAUUCGACAUGACUAGCGCGAGACAGACUGUUGUCAAUGACUCGUGUCAAUGUGUUUUUGGUCAAUUAAAACUGAUUUUACCGUGGAUUGGAACAUAUUCUCGGCUCUGCCGUUCACCAUCUAUGCUGCUGAAGAGACGACUUUCGACGCGCAAGAGUGACGUUGCUCGUGAAGAACACGUCACGCAAAUAAACGAAUCUGAUUUGUCGAUUGAUUUUGUACCUGCUCGAAAAGGCCGUUAAUGGGAUGGUUUCCAGACUAUACUAUCAGUGUUUGAAAAAUACAGGGAGAAUAGUCUGGCAGAGCCAGGCUAAUAAGUGCCGUUAGUAUUGUUUGCAAUGAUAAUUGAAUGGUUUAUAUUCAUGUUAUGGUUUAUUUCCUGUUAUAAAGAAAAAUAAGUUUAAAAGGUUAUAAAUAUAUACAGUAAUUGCACUCAAGGUAGAGAUUGUCAAGGAUUAGGUAAUAAUUUAAAGUCAAGGCAAUUCAUAAAGGCAAUUAAUAUAUACUUAAGGUUUAAAAGGAAGAAGGUAAAAAGUUAUUGUUAAUUACUAAUUGUGUUGUUUUAUUUGUGUACACCGUAGCUCUUACGGUGUGUUUACAUCAAGGAGAGGAAUAAAAGUUGUAAACCAUCAGUUUGAGGGAUCAUCUUUUCAACUGGGAUGCUACAGCACAUCAGGCUACGGUGGAGGGUCGUAAAUCGGGUCUGCCUUGACAGCGUAGGUCCGCCGCAGAAGCAUUAACCAGCAUUAAAGCAGGUCCUGAGAAGUUUCUCAAAGGCAAGAACAAGACCCUGUGCCAAGUGUACUUAUGGACACCCCUAUGUUUGAACAUGGUGUUUGUUCAAGACAAACCGUGACGAGUACAGAAGUCCAUUUACAGAACACCGCUUGAGUUCUGAUAGGGGGGGCCGUUCCCCUCAAUCAUGCCUUACCAGGUCUCACCGUUAUUGCCCACGUGAGCCUUGAAGUCCCCUAGGUGAAACGGAGUCCCCAGAGGGAGCGCUCUACAGCACACCCUCCAAGGACUCCAAAAAGAGUGGGUACUCUGAGCUGAUGUUCUGUGCGUGAGCACAAAAAACAGUAGUAGAUCAGUGAAUAAAAACACUACUCUUACUCUUACUCUUGGGGCUACACAAGAGUUGUCACAUGUUUUUAUCUUUAUUCCACAGAUAUGAUUUUUUUUUUUUUUAACAGAGCUGCCAAGUAGCUGUAGGAGUAGCAAGUAGCUAUGAGAUGUCGCAACAAUAAUCACAUGACUCCAUUAUACUAAUCAGACGCAAGCUUGCGUCUGAUAUCUUCAUGCCAGCCUGUUCUAUCAUUUGGUAAAAAUGAAGUACCGUAUUGGCCCGAAUAUAAGACUGUUUUUUUUUUUUUGCAUUGAAAUAAGACUGUAAAAGAGUGGGUCGUUUUAUAUUCGCUGUCUAGACAUUAUACCAAUUCACGACGCUAGAUGGCGCCAGAUGUCAUGGACGCGAUGUUCUGUCAUGACAGAUCGCAGCUACUCUCAAGUUUAACCAGUUUGCAAUAUUUUAUUGCUAUGUUUUUCCUUAUUCAGAUUCAUUUCAAGACUACAGUUACAGUUAGAAUUCACUUUGAUGGUUAAUCCAGUUAUUGCAAUUUUGUUGUUUUAUCACAAUAGAUUGGUUUAUUUACAUUUCAAAAACCAGAAGCCAUUCAUUUACGAAUGUGAUUGCACUUUAGUUUACAUAUUUAAAUGUUCAGAUAUUUAGAUUUGAAUGAGGCAAAAUAACAUGCUUUUUCUCUCAAAUAUAUUAUAAUCAUUUGUUUCGGAUGUACUGUAAUUUUUGUUCAAAAAGUCUUUUUUCAAACUUGAGUCCUUAAAAAGAGGGGGUCGUCUUACAAUCAGGGCCGUCUUAUAUUUGGUCCAGUACUGUAUUUGAUAAAGAGCGCUGCCCUCAACAUGACCUGAAAGCACAGAUUUUAACCUCUCUCAGUUUUUAUUUGGCACCAAUUGACCUUGGAAAACCUUUUAAUUUCAAAAUAUUAAUUAUGAAGGAACUCUUCACUAUUCAAACUAGGAACUUUUAUCCACCAGAGGGCACUCAUACUCUUAGGAGGAAUAAUGCUUCAUUUAAGUAAUUUUUUUCUAUUGUCGGAAUAAAAUCAUUAUUAUUAUUUUAUUUCGUUGGGUUAAUGUGGUUAUGUAAUGGGUUAUUCUAGAGUAUCAUUAUAACAGCAUUUCAUAUAGAUAACUUUGUGCUCAGAAAAAAAUACCAUUGUUUAGUAAAAAAA